UCCAACUGCUCCUCUCUCUCAUCUCUCUCUGGUCAUCUCUCUGCAUCGCACCGACCAAACCAGCUGGCCACUCCUCGUCAUGCCCUGCUCUCCUUCCUCUCUCGCUAGCCGCAUUCACACCAGCCAACACCAUCCCCCUCUCUAAUCUUCCUCACCGAGCAAGAAAAAGCCAACCUUGCUUCCUCCUCUCUUCCUUCAUCUGCAAGACUCCAUCCUCCACACACAUACAAGCAUACACACAAGCACACAUGGCACUAGCGCCUCACAAACAAGCAGUACCGGCCGCGCCGUUAGCAGCCGCGAGAGCCACGCCGCCGAUGGCACGCGCGUCGCUAGCCUUCGAUCGCCGCGUAGUUGGCCCGGGCGCCAUCCUCCGCAUCGCCAAGCCACUCAGCUGAGCUCCGCCAUGGUGACAGGCCGCCGCUUGCAGCCUUGCCAUCCCGCGCGCGCCGCCACCACCGUGCAUGCCACCUCCAUGUGUGUUGUCGCUGUGCUGCCAUCCCCGUGGAGUCGUCGCCGCAACUCGGCCCGCGCCAUCACGUAGCAACUCCGCACCAUCACCGUUUGUCCUCACGGCUCAAAGUCAAGGAUCUAAGCAAGAACACAAAGAAGGAAUUGAAGGCGAGGCCCGAUGAUGACCCGGGAAACUUGAACGAUAAGACCAAUUGUGAAUUAAAAUUCGUCAAGGUGGAUGUCAAUUGGUUGCACAGUUGAAGACAGCAAACUUCUUUGAUCCUGAGGGGAAGUUAUGAUCCACCCAGGCUCUAAGGAGUCACAAAAUUAUGAUAGCAAUAACCAGAAAGUUCAUCCUCAACCAAUCGAUGAAAAUAUGAAUCAGAACGGAGACUCGAUGGAAACUAUGAUCGGAAGGAUAUUCAACAACAUAUCCUCUUUAAAAUCUGCAUACAUUCAGCUGCAGGAAGCUCAUACCCCAUAUGAUCCAGACAAGAUCCAAGCCUCUGAUAAGCUUGUCAUAGAGGAGCUCACAAAGCUUUCAGAACUCAAGCAUACUUACAGAGAGAAAAAUCCUAAGCCUGUAGCUGCAUCACCUCAAGAUUCACGCUUGCUUUCUGAAAUACAAGAGCAGCAGAACUUGUUAAAAACAUAUGAGGUCAUGGUAAAGAAGUUCCAGUCCCAGAUCCAGACUAGAGAUACUGAGAUUACCCAUCUACAGCAGCAAAUCGAUGAGGCUAAGCUCCGAAAGUCAAAGCUGGAGAAGAAAUUGAAACAAAGGGGCCUGCUGAACAAGGAAUCAGACGAAUCUGAUGAAGAAGAGAACUACUUUUCCAUUGAGUUGACGCCAAGCUUAUUUACGUCUGCUGUUGAUAGUUCGUACCAGUCUAUACAUGACUUUUCAAAGCCGUUGAUCAACAUGAUGAAAGCUGCAGGCUGGGAUCUUGAUGCUGCUGCUAACGCAAUCGAACCUGCUGUAGUUUACACAAGGAGGGUCCACAAGAAGUAUGCGUUUGAAUCCUAUAUUUGCCAAAGAAUGCUCAGUGGGUUCCAAGAAGAGAGCUUUUCUGUCAAGGGUUCUAACAUUAGUGUUUCCAAUGAGGCUUUCUUCCAUCAGUUCCUUGCAGUACGAGCGAUGGAUCCUUUGGAUGUCCUGAGCCAAAACCCUGAUUCAAUUUUUGGGAAGUUCUGCAGAAGCAAAUACCUGUUACUUGUGCACCCAAAAAUGGAAGGUUCUUUCUUCGGUAACAUGGACCAGAGAAACUAUGUCAUGAGCGGUGGCCAUCCAAGGACACCUUUCUACCAGGCAUUUCUAAAGUUAGCGAAGUCCAUAUGGUUGCUGCACAGGCUUGCAUAUUCCUUUGAUGCAAAAGUCAAGGUUUUUCAAGUUAAAAAGGGAAGUGAAUUCUCAGAAAUUCACAUGGAAAGUGUUGUCAAGAACAUCAUCUUAGAUGAAGGUGCAGAGAGGCCUAAAGUUGGCCUGAUGGUGAUGCCUGGUUUCUUGGUCGGGACUAGUGUGAUACAGUCUCGGGUGUAUCUUUCAGAUGUCAAGUGUGCUGACUGAAGAUGCUGCAGUUGCACGAGGAGAUUGAGGGUCGUUUGUACCUUGGGAGAUCAACUUAUUGCAUCAGAUAAGGUGGAGGAUUAUGUGUCUGUCUUGUAUGUGAUGCUUCCUGUUGUCUCUCCAGAAUGCUAUUCCUGUGAAAUGUUGGUGUCAAUGCCUUUGUGAAAAAACCUUUGAUGGGAUUGUCAUUUUCAGGACUAUAAUAUAUUUAUGUUAUUUCAGUUA